AUGACAGCCAUUGGUAAUAAAAGCCAGCAUCAAAGUCUCAUAGAUACAGUGAUAUCGAUAUUGUCGCUACCCGAACAUAUGACAGUGGUUUCAAGGGAUUAUUCCAACGAGAGAAAUUUUGCUACUGAAGUGCAAGCGUAUGCUAAAAUUGCAGGUAAGGACUGGACUUAUUACGUAAAGGAUUUAGAAAUCAUUAUUGGAAGAAAUACUGAUAAUCCUUUGAAAAUUACGCAGGAUGCGAAUAAUAAUGAUGAAUCAUUGAACGUGGACAUUGAUCUGGGACCAGCUAAAGUGGUUUCAAGAAGACAUGCGAUGAUAAGGUUCAACAUGCAGGUCGGUGCAUGGGAGCUAGUCGUGCUAGGACGUAACGGUGCCAAAGUUAACUUUGAAAGAGUUAAUACAGGUCCAGGGAUACGCUUAACCUCGGGUACCAUUCUAGAUAUUGGUGGCACUCAAAUGGUAUUUAUAUUACCGGAUCAAGAACCAGUUAUCUCUCCAAGUUGUAUGGAACAUCUAGUGCCACAAUUAUUGCCACUUGUGGGACCCACAGGAAAUAGCAGUAACCCACUUAUUACUGAAAUUAUACAAAAUUCUAACUAUUUCAAAUCUUUACAACAACAAGAAAGAUAUCAAGUUCCCACAGGACAAACUCAACGUGCUAGUGAACUACCACAAGGUCAAAUAAGAACUUUCAAAAUGUAUGGUAGUAGUUCUACUCUUCCCUUUCCCGCAGGACCAAAAUUUGUCCAUCAAAACGGUGUAAGUAGCAAUAAAAUAUAUUCUCAAGCAAAUUCAAUCGCAAUGAAUCACAAAAAAUCGUCGUCAUCCCUUUCAAGUUUACAAAGAUUCGAUUCCUCUUCAUUAAACAGUUUCCCACAACCUUUAGAUUAUGCUUCUGAUUUAUCUCGUGAUGAAAAUAAAACUGUGAAGCCACCUCAUUCAUAUGCAACGAUGAUUACACAAGCAAUUUUAUCCACUGAAGAAGGCAUCAUAUCUUUGGCUGAUAUUUAUAAAUUUAUCUCCAAAAAUUAUGCAUAUUAUAGAUUUGCCAAGACAGGUUGGCAAAAUUCAAUAAGACACAAUUUGUCCUUAAAUAAAGCAUUUGAAAAAGUUCCUAGGAAACCGAAUGAACCAGGAAAAGGGAUGAAGUGGAGAAUUAGUGAAAAUUAUCAAAAUGACUUCAUUGAAAAAUGGAAUAGUGGUGAUUUAAGUAAAAUUAAACGUGGAUCUUCUGUGGCAAGACAACUUCAAUUACAUAUGACCAAAUAUAAUUGUUUGCCAUCUCAAUUGCAAUCUUCACAAUUUGAAUCCACAACUCAAACAUCUCCUCAACAUGACGUAAAUACCAAUCAACAGCUUGAUUAUAAACCAAACAACUUUAACAGUGGGCUGCCGAACAGAAUGCAGGUCAAAGACCAACCUAGCCAGGGGACUGUUGUAUUUGAUAGCAAGCCAUAUCAAACUACUCACAACGAAUACCAGGAGAAGACUGAAUUUGGUUAUCAACAGGCUAACAGUAUCCCUAUUAUAUCACAGCCUCCAAUCAUGAAUGGACCAAGUUUGAUGCAAAGACAGUUUCCCAAGAUUGUUGUUGAUACCAGUCCUGUUUCAAAGAACCCUACAAAUAAUGCAUUAGUAUCUUUCCAGAAAGCAGCUCCAACAAUAAAUGGCUACGUUGACAGAAACCCAGCGAUAAACAGUAAGCCAAUUAACAAUAAUAACACCAAUAACAACAUCACGACUCAAUUACCUUCCAUUACGACUUCACUAUCUCAAGGGCCUAUAAUAGAUGGGCCAACUCAAAACAUGUUAGAUACGGCACCAGCGGCACACCUAUCUCCCGGGUAUGAUUCUCUAUUAAGAUCACCUACCAAGCCUUUCCACAUAACUGCCAUGGAAGCAUAUACCCCAGAACGUGGUAGUGCUAUGAACCAGAGGAGCCCACCAAAAUUGGAUGAUCGCGAAUUUAACAACAAUAUCACAAACAAUAAAACGAAUAAUAAUAGUAGUAAGAUAUUGAACAUAAAUUUCAAUGCAAAGUUUACGCCAGUAGCAAAUAAAUCAGUCAAUUUAAGAAGCUCUCCAGGAGUAUGGAAUCUUUUACAAUUCAGUUCAGUGAACAAUACACCUGCUGUUAACCAGGCAAAUACUGAUACAAGAAAUAAUAGCAAUACCACAACUACGACUUCCAAUGAUAAUGACAGUAACAGCGAGGAGAGAAACAAGGACUUCGAUUCAUCACCAUUAAAAAAACCGCACUCAACUAAUAGCAGUAUGAGUGGUACGACGAUUGCAAGUAACAACAACAAACAAUUAGUACUAGAUACUGAGAGUGCCACCAUCACCAUGGUGAAUCCUUAA